UUGAUUUCCUCGGAAUUUUCCUUUCGCCCAUCGUUACGGUGCAAAUCAAACCAAUUCUCACUCAAAAACCAUCAAACCCGACAAAACAACGCCUAGGACUUUUAAUUACCUCUUUGAUCUUUCCAAUUAAAACUAAAUCCACUGUAAUUUACCUCCUGUAUAAAUACAUUUCCUUACCAGCUAAGUUACAGAAAUCACAAGACUCAAGACUUUUCCUUCUCAUUUUCUCUGGAACCAAGCAGGUUGGGUUUUCGAAAGUUUUAAGGUUUUUGUGUAACAUUUGUUGCAGUAAUGGCUGGGGAAAAGGGUAAAACAAAGCGAUGGGGUUGGGCCGUCGGAGCGCUGAUCGCUGUCUUUGUUGCCGUGGCCAUGACAUCGAGAACUGCUCCUAAAAUCUCAUUCUUCGGACGCUCUAAUAAGCCUUGUAACUGUACUCAGGAAACACAUAAGUAUAGUGGGAUAGUGGAGGAUUGUUGUUGUGAUUAUGAGACCGUGGACCAUAUUAACAAGGAAGUUUUGCAUCCAUCACUCCAAGAGCUCGUUAAAACUCCGUUCUUUCGGUAUUUCAAGGUUAAGUUAUGGUGCGACUGCCCUUUCUGGCCUGACGAUGGUAUGUGCCGUCUGCGAGAUUGUAGUGUAUGUGAAUGCCCAGAUAGUGAGUUCCCAGAAUCGUUCAAGAAGCCCCAUCAUGGCCUUCCAUUAGAUGAUCUUGUUUGUCAAGAGGGAAAGCCUGAAGCAGCUGUUGACCGUACACUAGAUAAAAAGGCAUUCAGAGGCUGGACAGAAAUAGACAAUCCCUGGACGAAUGACGAUGAGACAGACAAUGCUGAGAUGACAUAUGUGAAUCUUCAACUGAAUCCUGAACGGUAUACCGGCUACACUGGUCCAUCAGCUAGAAGGAUAUGGGAUGCUGUCUACGCAGAGAACUGUCCCAAAUAUCCAUCUGAAGAGUUAUGCGCUGAAGAAAGAAUUCUGUACAAGUUGAUAUCUGGUCUUCAUUCCUCUAUUUCAGUCCACAUAGCUUCUGAUUAUCUCCUUGAUGAAACUACACAAAUGUGGGGUUCAAAUCUCCCAUUGAUGUAUGAUCGGGUCCUAAGAUACCCGGAUCGUGUCAGAAACUUGUACUUCACGUUUCUCUUCGUUCUCCGAGCUGUGACAAAGGCUGCAGAUUACUUGGAACAUGCUGAAUAUGACACUGGUAAUCUUAAUGAGGAUCUGAAGACGCAAUCCUUGGUCCGACAGCUACUCUAUAAUCCCAAUCUACAAGCUGCAUGCCCAGUCCCAUUUGACGAAGCUAAGUUGUGGAAAGGACAACGUGGACCUGAACUGAAGCAGAAAAUACAAAAUCAGUUUAGAAACAUAAGCGCACUGAUGGAUUGUGUCGGAUGUGAGAAAUGUCGACUUUGGGGGAAGCUUCAGGUCCUUGGUCUUGGCACAGCACUUAAGAUCCUCUUCUCUGUUGAUGGUCAACAAAACACUGAUCAGACUCUGCACUUGCAACGGAAUGAAGUGAUUGCCUUGAUGAACCUACUCAAUCGACUUUCAGAAUCUCUCAAGUUUGUUAAUGAAAUGGGACCCUCAACUGAAAGGCUAGUAGAAGGGCAGAUUUCUCCACCCACCGCCCCUAGUUGCCCCAUACAAAGGAUGUGGGCAUCUUUAAAAUCUAGGUAAGGAGAAUUAAUUGGUGAUACAUCAAAACAGCACACUUCUAAAAAUAACUUAAGAAACCCAGUUCGGGUUUUCAAAAGCUUGACCCAUGGAAGGACAGAGGCAUGUAACAAGUACAUGGCUAGAUACAGAGAUGCGUACAAGAACCUCAACAGAAUUUUGUACUUCAUUGAAUUUUGAACUUUUCAAAUAAAAUUAGCACGACACUUCUGUUGUUUCACAAUAGGUUUGCUGAAAGUUUAUAGUAAAAUUUGGUGGCCAAGGACUUCGACUUCACUUGUAGCAGAAUGAGUUUGUCGAAGUCCAAUUCAAUCUUUCUUGUGAGGUUAAUGAAAUUGUUUUAUGCAUCAUUCAUUGAAAACCUUGUGAUGUAAGAUUUUCUAUAUGAUCAAGGGCCAAUAGCGCCAGUAGCGCCAGCUGAAUUUAGUUCCUUU